AUGGUCAGAUGCUCGUCCGCGGUUGCCACUAAUGGGAUUAUUGCAGUGAACGAACCGUCAAACGAAGAAAAAUAUCUUGGUCAAUUCCCAGUCAGUUUUGGGGCUAUUGCUCCCUUUAUGGCUGAUCUGGAUACAACAGAUGGACGUGGAAAUGUGUAUUAUAGAGAAGAUUCGUCCCCAGACGUUUUACAGCUUGCUUCAGACUAUAUCAAAAGAGGUUUUCCGGAGACCACGUUUGAUCCUAGCAGUGUUGUGAUUGUAACGUGGAAGCUUGUGGCUCCUUACCAGGCACCUGGAGAAGAUGUUACUCGGAAAGAAAAGAGAAACACAUUCCAGGCUGUUUUAGCCUCUUCUGACUCCAGUUCCUAUGCUAUUUUCCUUUAUCCAGAAGAUAGUUUGCAGUUCUAUAGUACAUACUCCAAGAACGAUGAUGGAAAGUUUCCUGCUAUGGUUGGCUUUAGUCAAGCCUCUACAAACUACUACUUUUGGGAAAAACCAGGUUCCUACAACAUCAUUGCUAAUGAUGAAGACACCAUCAGAAACCUACAGAAAAGUAGCAAUGCUGGGAAGCAAGGUGUCUGGGUGUUCGAAAUUGGUAGCUCAUCCGACAGUAUUGUGCCUGCCAAGAUCAGCAGCGUUCUGGAGAGCCUAGAGUCCAGUGAGCAAGACCAAGAGAUGACUUCAAAACCGUUUACGUCUGGUUAUGGCUCCACUGAAAUAAGACUGGAACAUGUAACCAGCACUAUGGACGGUACAGAAGGGGAUCGGCACCAUGUUACGUAUAGUGUUCCUCACCUAGCUGCAGAAGACUUUCUAACUUUAUACCAAGAUGUAACAGAAAUACCUUCAACUGAGUCUUUUUAUGGUCAACAAGAUUUCCCAACAGCAAAAGUUCCACCUCGCCAGUUCCAGGUCCAGCAGUUUCCCCAACAGCAACCCCAGGUCAUAGACGUGGAAGAAUUCGAUGAAACUGGGAUAGUAUUCCGCUACCACACGGAUGUCCAACAGACCUGCGCUAACAACCGUCACCAGUGCUCCAUUCAUGCUAUUUGCACAGAUUAUCCCAAUGGAUUUUGUUGCAGUUGUAUUGCUGGUUACAAAGGAAAUGGCAGACAAUGUGUAGCAGAAGGAUCUCCUCAGAGGGUCAAUGGGAAAGUCAAAGGAAGAAUCUAUGUAGGAAAUAACCCAGUUCCAGUUGUAUUUGAGAAUACUGACCUCCACUCCUACGUUGUGAUGAACCAAGGGCGUGCCUACACUGCCAUCAGCACAAUCCCAGAGACUUUGGGGUAUUCUUUACUGCCUCUUGCCUCUAUUGGAGGUAUCAUAGGAUGGAUGUUUGCUGUGGAACAGCAAGGAUAUAAGAAUGGAUUCAGUGUUACUGGUGGUGAGUUUACACGACAAACUGAAGUAACCUUUCUUGGCAACAAUGAGAAGCUGGUUAUCAAGCAGAAAUUCAGUGGAAUUGAUGAGCAUGGUCACCUUACCAUCAGCACAGAAAUGGAGGGCAGAAUACCUGAGAUCCCCUCUGGUUCAUCCGUCCAUAUAGAACCAUACACUGAGCUCUAUCACACUUCUAGUUCUGUGAUCACUUCAUCGUCCACCAGGGAGUACACAGUGACGGAGCCAGAAAGCGAUGGGAUUGCUUCUUCAUACACGGCCGCCUAUCAGUGGCGACAGACCAUCUCCUUUGAUGAAUGCAUUCAUGAUGACUCUCACCAUGCCGCUUCUGCUACUCAGCAGCUCUCAGUGGACAGUGUAUUUGUCCUGUAUAACAAAGAUGAACAGAUUCUGCGAUACGCUAUGAGUAAUUCCAUUGGCCCAAUCAGUGAUGGUUCUGCUGAUAUUAACCGGAAUCCUUGCUACACUGGUACCCAUAACUGCGACACCAAUGCAAUAUGUCGACCAGGAACGGGGAAUCAUUUCUUCUGUGAAUGUUCGACUGGCUUCCGUGGAGAUGGGAAUGUCUGUUACGAUGUUGAUGAAUGCUCAGAGCAACCAGCUCUAUGUGGCAGUAAUGCAGUGUGCAGUAACCAGCCGGGAACCUACCGAUGUGAGUGUGUUGAUGGAUACCAGUUUGCAGCAGAUGGGCGGACGUGCGUUGCUGUUGAAUAUGCCAUAAACCAUUGUCAGACAGGCACACACAACUGCGAUAUUCCUCAGCGUGCCCAGUGUGUAUACACCGGAGGGUCUGCCUACAUCUGCUCGUGCCUCCCUGGCUUCUCUGGUGAUGGGCGUGCCUGUGAGGAUGUAGAUGAAUGUCAACAGGGCCGCUGUCAUCCAGAUGCUUUCUGCUACAACACGCCUGGGUCCUUCAGUUGCCAGUGUAAGGCAGGUUACCGUGGGGAUGGUUUCCGGUGUGUGUUAGGAGAAGUGGAAAAGACCAAAUGUCAGCAAGAACAAGAACGAGCUCUUGGAAGUGGAGGCACUUUCUUCCCAAGAGAAAUGAGAGUUCGUCAAUUCAUUCCCCAGUGUGAUGAGCAUGGGAAUUACCUACCCACUCAGUGCCAUUCCAGCACUGGAUAUUGUUGGUGUGUAGAUAGGGACGGAAAUGAAAUUGAUGGCACCAGAAGUGGCCCAGGAGUUCAACCUCCAUGUCUGAGCACAGCUGCUCCUCCUGUUGUUAUUGGGCCCUCUGUUCGACCGGAUACAGUACCUCUCCCCCCCGGAACGCACUUGCUCUUUGCCCAAAGUGGGAAAAUUGAACAUGUUCCACUAGAGGGAAACAACAUGAAGAAAAACAGUGCAAAAGCACUCUUACAUAUUCCAGACAAAGUUAUUAUUGGAGUUGCAUAUGAUUGCAUGGACAAGAUGGUUUACUGGACAGACAUCAGUGGCCCUUCAAUCAGCAGAGCUAGCUUGCAUGGUGGAGAGCCUACAACCAUCAUCAAAACAGACUUGGGGAGCCCUGAAGGAAUAGCUGUAGAUCAUCUAGGUCGCAACAUCUUCUGGACAGACUCUCAACUUGAUAGAAUAGAAGUGGCUAAGCUGGAUGGGCGCCAACGUCGUGUCCUCUUUGACACUGGCCUGGUGAACCCUAGAGCAAUUGUAGCAGAUCCUAUGAGAGGAAACUUGUAUUGGACUGACUGGAACAGAAAAGCUCCCAAAAUUGAAACCUCGUACAUGGAUGGCACAAACAGAAGAAUUCUUGUUAAAGAUGAUCUGGGGUUACCGAAUGGGCUGACAUUUGAUACGUACUCCUCAGUGCUGUGCUGGGUAGAUGCAGGCACCAAGAGACUGGAAUGCAUGAACCCUAAUCAGCUUGGUCGACGAAAGAUUAUUGAGGGAAUUCAGUAUCCUUUUAGUGUUACAAGCUAUGGGAAGAAUUUAUACUACACAGACUGGAAAAGGGAUGCUGUUGUAGCCGUGGAUCGCACAGUUUCGAUAGAAAAUGAUAACUUCCAGCCUCACAAGCGUUCCCGUCUCUAUGGAAUCACUACAGCCUUUGCUCAAUGUCCAGGAGGACAUAACUACUGUACAGUGAAUAACGGUGGCUGUACUCACCUUUGCCUGGCUACCCCAGGAGGCCGUUCUUGCCGCUGCCCUGACAACACGGUUGGAGUGGAUUGUAUAGAAAGAAACUGAGCAUUAAAACAAACGUUAGAGCAGCAGGCUCCUUUUGGAAAUGUACUGUAAAUACUUCACUCCUGUCAACACAAUCAGGCCCUAAAGAUAAGUGCUCCACACUGCCAACAACAGGCCACAACAGACGCAUGCAGCCAUACACACUAGCAGUAACUAUUUUGUAUCAGUUAGGCAAGACUGGGCUGCCCAGGUUGGGUCCAGCUGCUUCUUGUUCCUUGUAAGACUGUCGUCUUACUUUCAAAGAUGAAUGUGGGGGCCUAGCUGCACCUGUGCUGGGCUAGGAGACAGUCUCUCUUGGCAAAAUUAAAGUACAGAAUAGAGAGAGGAUGGUGUGACUCAAAUCCUGAGACUGGGUUGUACCUUGGAACAUGUAGCAGUUCACCUGCAUAGUGGCAUGCUUAGCCCGGCACAAGUGCAGCUGGUCCACAGCUUUAGCUGAGAAGCAACCACGGGUCCCAAGGAUGAAUAGAUGUGGGUGAGAACACAAUAUCACACAUCUAACGCCUAACUUCAUUUCUUCCACUGCCAGCAUCCUCCCAUUUUCAAAACUUGAAUCUUACCUUCUAAGUGCUACAGAAAUACCUUAUCCAUGUGCUGACAGGGUAGUUCUUAAACGCUGUCUGUUUUUAACAUUUUCACUGGUUUUCAAGAGAUGUGUUUUUUAUCUGGCUGGUGUGGGUUCCAGAGUAGUUUCCAAAAAUCCCCCAAACAGACUUUAGAUAUGGAUCUCAGUUGUUGGUUGUUCAUCAAAGAACGGGUGUUGAUUCGUUUGAAGGUCCUUGUUUUCUAAAGAGACAGGGUCAAUUUUUUUUGUUUCCUAAGGGUUUUUUAAUAAUGUUUCUGUGUUUGAUCCUAUAUUAUAAGCCUGAAAAUGAUCUUUGAAUCUCAUCCUAGCCAUCUUUCUUCUUUAGCAAAUUUGACAUGCCUUUUUGUAGACUAUGAGAAAUCAUGGCAGUUAAAAAACUGAUCUUUCAGAAAGGUCACCUGUGUCUUGGGGCUUUAGAAAACAAGUAAUGAUGAUGCCCCAUUCAUGUGCCAAUGUUCAGUAAGAGCAAAAAGCUAUGCUGGAAAUCAAAGCAAAGGUGAAAUGAUUUUAUUAUCACCACUGAGUUUGGAGUGGGGAGGGAAAAUCUAAACGCACAUUCUUAUGUCAAAGUAGCAGUAUGUAUCUGUGAGUGAAGUUUAGCUUGCACACUGUAUGUUGAGAGGGCAGCUUACCUACAACAGCAGAAGCCUUCUGUCAAAAAAUAACCCUUUACAGUCUCAUGAUGAGAGCAGUAAGCUAUUAACCUCCCCAUUUCCCCACUUCCUCUUCAAACACUACAGUCCCUGGGCAAUUCUUCUCCAGGUCUUAACAGUUUAAACAGAGCCAAUUCUGAGUCUUAACUGUGUGACAGCUUUCUCUUUAAUUAUAUAUUUAUCAUAAAAGUAACAAAUUAUAGAAAACAUUUUAAAGAUUUUUUUUAUAACUCUUCAUAACUGUUAAUUCAUUUUACUCAAACACUAAAUCAGGUAUGUCUUAUUGUAAAUAUCAAAAAUGCAUUGAAAUGAAGGUGCUUGAUAACUCUUUCUCCAGAAUUACUCGCGUAUCUGGUGAAAUAUUAAAGUUUACACUUUGUACAGGUAUCUACAGUACAGCCAAUAAAGAUUUUUGGUUUUUUAUUUUCUAUUAAAAAAGUGUGCCUGCAGAAGGAAGUGAUAUGUGGUGUCUCAGUUCUGUUUUCCUGUACAGUUCUGGUUUUUAGCUAACUCUUGUAGCCAGUAAUGAUACUUCUGUUCAAAGGCACAGCUCUAUAGGGAAAAACUGCUGUUUGGUCUUCUGUAUUUUAAAAUCAGUAGGAUACUUUUAUUCAAAACAAAAUAUGUGAGAGUACUUCUUAAAGAAUACACACCUUCCUCUAUUUUGUGACUUGGAUGACACAGACUUUUUAUUAGUUGUUAACUGCUGUUUAACAUUGUCAAGUAAACAUGAGUCAGUUAUAAGUACUUUAAACUUCUGCAUUGAUCCAAUUAUAUUGUGAGGAUUAGAUUGAGUGGGGAGUAGAAUUUGUUACUUUGCUCAAAGAAGCUCUGAGUGCUGAAGUGUUUGUUUGGUUUUUUUUGAUGGUCCACUGGCAUCAUCAUGCGGCUAGAGCUAAAUGAUGGGUUUGCUUUGCUGCCUGGCACCAUGGCACUGUGUGGCUGCAGGUUUGCUGUGCCUGCAGGACAAUUGCAAGCUAACUGAAGCGUGGCCUGUAGGAGAUGGUGAUGCUGAGGUUUAAGCUCCUGCACCUUUACUGCUACAGUGUAUCAGUGCCUCUGUGGGGAUAGCAGAAGGCUGUGUAUUGGUUAGUACUGCGCAGAUGGAGUCGGUACUACCAAAGUUAAUAGCUGGAGAGCAGCACGCCUAGCAAGUGAACCAUGGGGAAGGAAGAUGGGCAGUGAGACUGCAGGCAGGGCUGCUGGGAUCUAAGGGGUUGCAUGGAGUUGCAGAAGAAGAUUGAUGCUGAGCCAUGCUGGGAGCUACUCGGGGAAUUGCAGGUUAUUUGGCCUUUAGAGCAUGCAUGGGGUUCAUUCUUUACUAAAUCUUUUUUUUGUUUUUUAAUUCUGAUCCUUCAAAAUUGAUAAUUACCUGCUUUGUGUUUGAACUAGAACAAUAUUCCUCCUUGUGCAUUAUGAAAAUUAUUGUUUACUAAGCCCAGGUUAAUUCCAUGCAAAACAAUGAGCAAUGACAAAGACGUCAAAGAAGAUACACCUCAGCAUACAGAGCUUUUAGUCUUAAUGUGUGAAUCCUAGAGUUCUGACUUAGUCUGUAGAGAGAAACAAUGUUCAGGGUUUCAGGCUCCAAAAUGAGAAACUUGUUUAAAGCUGAAACAUCAGGUUUUAUUUCUCAGCAAAUGUUCAUUGCUAGCUUCAGCUGUUCUAACUCUGUCAGGGUGCAGCAAGGGCAGGCUGUUCCCUCAGGGAAAGGGAGCCAGGUAUGGAGUAUGAUAACAAGGCCAGCAGAGAUAGUGGCCUCACCAGCAAGGGGCCAGUCCCACAGUACCUAAGUGAGGUGAGCAGGUGAGGGUAGUCGGGUUCAGUCAUGAGACCAGAUGAGCAGGCAAGUCUGAAGUGACGGGGCAAGUCCAAAGUCAAGCUGGGAAAUUGAGUCAGGGAGAGGAUGAGGUCUGGAGACAGUGACCAGGGUCAGACACAGUCCAGUGAUUGCCAGGCAAGUCCAUAGUAAUGAGGCAGGUCUGAGGUCAAGGCAAGGAGGAAAUCCAUGGGUCAGGGUCUGGAUCAGUGGAGUACAUCAAGAGGCACAGGCAUGUCUACGGUGCAGCUCAAGCAGGUCCAGGGUGAAAGCCUCAGCUUUAAAGCAGCUCUCAAGGGAAGGAGGGUUGCCCUCACUGUGGCCUUUCAGAGGAGCUCCUCUGAGGCUCCUUCUAGUUUUCUUUACACCUCUUAUAUCAACCAGCUGGCCUUGAGCAACUAACUAGGCGGCUAGUGAAGGAGUAGCAUGCUCCAGGCCCUGACACUCUAGAGAUUCAUUAUUCUGAUAAAUGUCUGCUUCUCCUUUCAAUCUUGCUAAAUCUUUUGCUCUCUAAAGCAUCCUGUGUGUUGAAUUCCAUAUUUUAGUCACAGUCUGGGAAGGGAUCUCAUCCUUUGAUGAGAUUUGGUAUUAGCCAUUUCAGGACAUCUGUCUCAACUUACCAUAUUUUUUCAGUUAAAUCUUCAGGAGUAUUGUGAAUGAGACAUCAAAAAUGUGAAUUUUAUGUUUUCUUUCUUCUAACCUUAGAGAGUUAAUAGAUUUUUUUAAAUUAUUUUUUGUAACCAGGUGUUUUCCAUGCUGUCCUGGGUCUAAUUCAUCUACCCAAUGCAUUUCCUUACUGUUGCUUAUUAGUGUCUUGACUGUUGCAGUCUUGCUCAGGAGCAACUGAAUUUCAGAUAUAUUUUUACACUGUGCAUGGUGUUAAAAAUGUGUAAUGGAAAAUGAUAUGCUUUAUUUCAUUAUUAAAAUUAAUUUAUUUCAUCAUUAUAAUAGGCUGGAACUGGCAGUCAUCUCAGUCUCCGGUGCUGUGGUGUCUGAAGAAAUGAUUCAAUGUAACUACAGUUCACUUUAUUUUCACAGAAGCAAAAUAGUAAGUUCUCAAGUUUUGCAGGAAAGGAGAACAAUUGGUCCAAUGGUUAAUCAAAAGACAAACUCUUCUCAGAUUUAUUGCAGACAUAAGUUAAAUAUUUUGUGAAAUGUUUCCACUCAGAUCUUCCAGCAAGCAUAAAAAUAUUUAAUGGUAAGAAGUAAGGUUUAUCAAUAAAAUAAUGUACAAGUAGCAAACGAAUGAAUUCUAUUGAAAGUAGUACUGAUUUCCUGAUGAACUGAUGAGGUGAUUCAGCAGUCUUUCAGUCUGAAGGGUAUUUGAAAACCCAUACUUUUACCUGCUUUUUAUCCUCUCUGCUUGUGGUGAAAAUCCAGUGUGGCUUGCCAAAAACCCAGCAUUCUGUCCAGUAUUGUUCCAGGCUGGCAAAGUGCUUACUCUGCAAUUCUCCAUUUGCACAGUUUUGUCACAACAGAUUAAAUUUUUAACUUCCAGGCAUAUAAUUAAGAAUGACAGGUGAUUAUUAGAGGAUAAGAGGAUAAUGGCCCUUUGAUCACAGUUUCGCACUGCAUCAGUUUAACCUAUGGUUAAAUGCAAUCUAUUUUUGUGUAGGAUUUCAUAGUAUCUUGCUUGGGAGAAGCAUCAGGACUGCACUGUAAAAUGGAGAUCUUAAAAAAUCAAGUGGAAAAUACCUCUGGUUAUGCAUAAUACAGCUGUGAAAAGCCCCUUACUUGUCCUGUCUGAAUGAACUAAAUACUGCCUCCAGAAUCCAAGGCCCCAGCUGUGGCUCUGACAGCAAUUUGUUCAAUAAAUGAUUGAAUCACCUUCUUUGUUUAAGUUCUAUUUCACUUGAAAUCUGUCCUUUAUCUUAUCUGUAAGCUUGAGACAGUAUGUUAGCAAAGCAAGUGGAAGUUCCCUAUAUUAUUUCCUUCAAAUGUACCUACUCAUGACUCUGAAACUCUAUUUAACUACCAAAAGGCUCAGCUGCCUGUGGAAUGCAGUGAGCAGUUGCUACUGUUCUGUGGCAAAGCAGUUGGGCCUGCAGCAAUAUUUAAUGCUCUUCUGUAUUGUAUUGAUACUUUCCUCAAGAAGGAUUCUGAAAUUAAUGAGCGAGGACAAAUUCCUGGUCUCACAAGUAGCCAGAAUGGCAUAUUUCGGCCUUUGGUUUCUUCAUCUUAAGUAUUCACCACCAUCCAGUCUCUGUUUAUGAUGUUGUUACCCACUCUGGUCAGGCAGUGUUUCCCCCCCAAUGGGAUAUGUAGAAGACACAUGAAUCAUACAGAGGAAUUGUGUAGUACAAGGCCUUCAACAUGAGGAAAACAGCCUGCUGCACAGAUGUUGGCAGGGUAUACCAAAUGGGGGAUAUGGAUCUGCCCCAGUAACUUGUCCAGCACCAUUGGGGAUGGCAAUGGAAAUUCUUCCUGGAGCUGAGUACGGGAUUACGGAGAAAAGAGAACUGUGGUGCUAUAGAAGACAACUGAAGGGGAAGCAGAUUUUGAGGCAGUAGAUGCAAACGUGUGUGAAGUUGUGGCAGGGGGAACAAUUAGCAUGAUAGUUAUAGUACUCAUGGUGCUUUUGUGGUCACUGGUUAGUUCUCUCCUUCCCACCGUCUUCCCUGCUUUAUGCAGAUAAGAAACCUGAGCAGAUAGGCCAGAGGAGAGUCACAGUACACUCUCCCCAUGUCCCUGCCAAAUGGAGGAUGUGCUACCAAGCGCUAUCUCCCUGACUCCUGAUAUAGGCACAGAUAAACUGGUGAGCCACUGUUGACAUUUCAUGACACAGCUGCUCUCCCAAGUUCAUGCUGCCAAAAUGGUGUCUAAUCCUUACCUGCCCUACCUCUUUCAAGACUAGAUCCCCUAGGUAUGACUUUGCAAUGCAUAUUAACUAUACACCAAGUGUGUAGAGCACUCUUUAAUAAUAAACGGCAAUAAAACACUAGUCUACUAACAACCUGCUAAAUCUAUCCAGCAGCUUGAAUCCAAGCGUCAGUGAUGACACAUAUGUAAGCAUGAGAUUGUUUUCCUUGCCCUGUGUUACAGUCUCUCUUACAUCUGCUCAAAGGUUAAUAACUGGUAUCUCAUGCAUUUUUGAUUGAUUGCACUUUGAUUAAUCAUUUAUCUGAGAGACCUGAGGUCCUAUCAAACAUAUACAUAUAUGGGGUAGCAGCAAAGCACAUUGAUAAACUCAUUCUCUUCCAGGCAGAAUAUCCCUGUAGGCUCUUGGAUCCCAAAUGACAGCCAAACCAUGACACUGAUUUCUUCAAAACAGGAAGAAACUGAUGUGCUGUAAUCAGUUUCUCUGCUUAUAUGCCUCGUAACUCAACUCUCAUGCCAUGCUGACCUUUUUAGCAGACCUUAACUUGUGGAACCAGAAGUUUAACACCUGACAUGUCUGUUUGAUCCUGUAGUGUGUUAGUGUGGCACGUAACUAAAAGGCAGACCGUAGAGGUUGGUAUGUUCUCUGGAGCAAUUAAAUAAAAUGUAUUUGGUCCUGGGACAAAAAGAUUUGGCAUAGUGUGUCUUCUCCAGAUAGAUGUGUCUGUGCUCUCUCAUGGCAGGAGUAACUUUCAGCCGUGUCAUAUGGCUGAGGUCUUUAUGUGCUUUACUGUCUCUGUCUGUAACUUAUACUAUUUUAACUGGUAGAUUUUACUGAUUAAUUUUAUGAACUUGGGAGUCUGGACUUUGUCAGUAAAGUUGUUUUUAAUGUUGACCAUAAAUUAAGACAGAGAGGAGGAAAUUGUUCUGUCAGGGGAAGUUCUGCCAGAGAGGUAUGUGCUCCCUGUGAAAAUUCACACUCCUCACUGGGUGUUCCCCGAAAUCCAAACUUUUCAAAUACAAAUUGGCAAUACUUACAUUUGCCUGAUCCGUCCUUCAUUUGUGUACUAGAUUCAGUCAUCUCUCAGAUGCAACCAUAGGGUCCAAAAUGUCUGUAAAUUUACUCUGACACAGUAUUUUAUUAGUGGUGGAACAAGAAAAUUUACCUUCAUUUUUGUUCUCUAGUACUGUGACAAAUUUAUGUUCCUACCAUUGUGCAAUUCAUGUUUUUUCAUUUUCAGCUUCAUUUUUAUUUGAAGGAAGAAUCAGACAGGGAAAAGGAACAUGUUCUUGUAUAAAAAGCCCUUUAAGACAUUGUUUAAUGAGCAACAAAUGCACAACAUUAGAUUGCUAAUUAGUGGCUA